AUGGCCUGGGCUUGCUAUUUGCUAUUUUGGGUUUAUAAUGGAAAAUCUGAGUCAAUUUUGCCUUCAUAUGAGAAGAGUAAUGGUGGUCCACAGGAAUCUCAGCAACAUCUAAAGCGACUGACAUCAACAGUGGGACACAGAGGAAGCCCCCAGGUACUGAGGUACCCACUUUAUAUGAUGCAGCUUUACAGAUCUUUCAAAACAGGAGAUAACUCUGACAUCACAUCUGACAAGAGCUCAGUUUUGCAGGAAUCUGAUACAGUUCUGAGCCUUAUUGCAAAAAGUUGCAAACAAGAUGGUGAUUUCUGGAGUGUCACAUUUGAUAUGUCUUCCAUUUCAACUGAUGAAGAAAUUAAACUGGCAGAGUUGCGCAUUCAGUUAUCUCAAUUUGCUGACUCCAAAAAUGUGACAAUCAGGAUCUACCACCGUCGCGAAUUCAAAUGUCAACAGCAAAACAUCUGCCAAGAGAGACUCUUGCUGGGCAUGUUUACUGCCACACCAUCAUCCACUGCAUCCUCGUGGAAAGUGUUCAAUGUCACAUCAAUGAUGAAGUAUUGGCUGGACCCAAGCUCAAGGUUCCAAGGUGGAAGUCAUCAUCUGUCUAAUACCAAGAGGGAUGAUAUUAUGGUAGGCCCUUAUUAUGGGCAUCCUUUUGGAUUGACAGAUGUACUAGAACUGGGCCCAACAGCUGAAGAGAACAAUAAGAAAGGCCCAGUUUAUCACACAAUUGACAGAGUUUUGAUGGUGGUCUUUUCUAAAAGAAAGACCUUGAGCUCUCCGGCUGGCUUUCCUACACUUAUGAAAACUGUGGAAGAGUCCAUACAUAUUAGCAGAGAGGAUUACUCCAUAGGCAUUGGAGGCCGCAGGCAACGCAGAAACAAGAAAGGACGAGAGCGAGUGAGGAUGGCCAGCAAAACUGACAGGCCAGCACAAGGUACCAAGCCUCUUUGCAGGAAAGUGGACAUGUAUGUGGACUUUGACCAGAUUGGUUGGGGAGGGUGGAUUGUGUACCCUAAAAGGUACAAUGCUUACAGAUGUGAAGGUGAUUGCCCAUCUCCAGUGGAUGAAACCUUUAAGCCAACCAACCAUGCAUAUAUGCAGAGCUUGUUGCAACUAUACCAUCCCAGCCGGGUACCCUGUCCAUCUUGUGCACCAAUUAAACUCAGUCCUCUUUCCAUGUUAUAUUACGAAAAUGGAGAAGUAAUCCUUCGGCAUCAUGAAGAUAUGAUUGUGGAAGAGUGUGGAUGCCACUAA